AUGGCUCAACUCAAUGCCAAAGCAAUGCAUACACUCUUUUGUGCAAUAUGGCCAAGUGAGUACAAUAGAGUCUUCUUGUGCGAAAAUACAAAAGAAAUUUGGGAUAAGUUAGCUAUUACUCAUGAAGGUACAAAUCAAGUCAAGGAGACAAAAAUUGGCAUGCUCACUCAUGAUUAUGAGCUAUUCAAGAUGAAACCAGAUGAAACCAUUAGUGAGAUGUCAAACCGCUUCACUGACAUAAUUAAUGGUUUAAAAGCUCUUGAAAAAACUUACUCAAAUAUGGAGAUAGUGAAGAAAAUUCUCAAUAGUCUACCAAAGAGUUGGAAAGCCAAAAUGACAGCCAUUGAAGAGUUCAAAGAUCCUCACACACUCUUUUUGGAUGAACUAACAGGCUCUCUCAUCACCUAUGAAAUGAAGAUCAGAAGAGGACAAGAACCAAUCAAGAAAGGUGGCAUUGCUCUCAAAUCUACCUUUCAAAAAGAUGAGGAAAAUUUUACACAAGAGGAGGGUGAUAAAGAUGAAGAGAUGGCCAUGUUUGUAAAGAGAUUCAAAAAGUUCAUAAAGAUGAACAAAUUCUCAAGUAGAACAAAACCACAAAGGGAGAUGACUAAAGGGGCAUCAAGUAGAAUAGAAAGGGAUCAAAUUAUUUGCUAUGAAUGCAACAAAUCGGGUUGCAUUAAACUUGAUUGUCCUUUGUGGAAGAAGCAAAACAUGACCAAGCCAAAAAAGAAAGCUAUGGUAGUAACAUGGAGUGAUAGUGACUUCUUCGAUGAUGAAUCAAACAAGGGGGAAGUAGCCAAUCUAUGUCUCAUGGGUCUUGAUGAGCCCAAGGUAACCUCUAAUCCAUGUGAUUCAAAUUCAUACACAUUUGAUGAAUUACAAGAUGCCUAUGAUGAAUUAGCCAUAGAAUUUGAAAACAUGAGCAUGAAAUAUAGGAAAAUGUCUAACCCACCUUCGAGAAAGGUGUUUCUUGAUGAUGAUGAUAUAGGUAUACUUCAAGAAUGGAUUAAUGAUGCACCUCAUGACAUUGAGGAGAACAAUCAAAAGGAAGACGAUGAGUUUAUAGAGAAGCUACAACACAUAGAGAGAGAGCCAAAUCACCCUAAAGAAAUGAGAUUACACAAUAUUAGUGAAAUGGUUGGUGAUAAUGAGGUGAUUACGGAAGAGAAUCAACAAGCUAAAUAG